GUUAGCAAUUCUCUAUGAAAUGUCUUAUAGAACAUUACAAUACAACUAGGGGAGAAUGUCGAAAAAUUGAUCAACAAUGAGUACCACUAGAAUCAGUAUUUUGAUGAAAAUUAGGAAAACAUGUUUUAUCCUAUAAUAAUGUCUUUUUAGUUACCAGUUAGUACUGGUGAUGUCUAGAGUCAUAUGCAGGGACAUAUGAUGAGGCAUUUGUCGACGGGUAUACUGAUAAAAGUUUAAGGUAAAUUUAAAGAAUACGAUCCGAAUUUCUUUGCUACUGUAACCUAAAUUUGGUACUAGCCAGAAGAGACUGUUACUCUAAACUCUGUUUUCUGUUGGUUUUCGGAGCGAGAUUUUCCAUCGAGGCUCUGCUAAGCUAGCAGUCUUUCAUCCUUAUUCUAGCUGCUCUGCUGCAUUCACAAUCUGCAGGAUACCCAGAGCUAUUGUUAAAAUAUGUUAAUGCAUUGUUAAAUGAAAAAGAUAAUAAACUGACCACCGUUUCUACUCGAUUUAAAAAAUCUGUAAAAUGUUAUGCUAGAUAUGAAGAAUAUUUAAAAGGACUACCAAAUAUAAAUCUUAAAUCAAUGAAAUUCAAUGAUUCUAUAUGGUAUAGUGGUAUUUAUUAUGAAACAAAUUUAGAAAAUAAUAAAAAAACAAAUGAUUCAUGUAUUCUGUUUCAAUUUCCCUCAUUGAGAAAUGAAUAUCAAAUUGGUUUUAUAGCAGCAAUCUUGUCUUAUGCACACAACAAUGAUCAUCUAAUCUUAGUUAAUCGAUUAAAAAUUAUUGAUGAAUUUACAGUUAAUACAAGACGAGGUAAAGAGAGGAUUAGAAAUUUGUGGAUUGUGGAACAAGACAAAUAUGCAUAG